AUGGCACACUUUCCUCCGUGUGAAACGGAUGCCAUGAUUUUCCCUAAAGACUAUGGUUAUCGCGAUCAAAACUUUGACAACUACAUGACACACGUGUCAUCAGGUGCGACGUCUCUAUUCCAUGGAACUCCCACGCCCAACUUCGCGACUUCGAUGGUGCCGGUCAUGGCGCGCAUUUUGCCGAAAGACAUUCGGACCUUCGUAGCGUCGGCAGGACAAAUUAGAGAAGUCGAGCUCGCAGUGAGGAAUGUGACCCAUCCAGACGUAUCGCGACUUGUUCGCGAACAAAGCGUGGCCAACCAGAUUAUUUAUGUGGUCUUACAUCAGCUCGCCAAUGACGGAACGGUUACCCGGGCAGUCGACGAGCCGCAAACAAACUUCGACUUCUUUCUCAGGACAGGCAUCAAGUGUUUAUUCAGUGUUGGACCUAAUAUCCUCAAGGAUAUCAUCAAUUCCACUCCGCCACCCUACAAUCUAGCGUUGAUACAAAAUAUCUUCUGCAUCGCGCUGAUUCUGGGAGACGGAUUCAUAUUGGGGAUAGUCUUGGAUAUGGGGCCAACUGGACUUGCGAAUCGACCUGUCUCUAUGAGAGACUCCCUAUACUACCCCUUGGAGUACACGAGUCUCAGGGGCGACGUUCAAGCUACAAAAGUCCUUCUUGAUCAUGGCGCUAACCCUAAUCAACGAACGGGACCAGAUUUCCUGUUAAACAUAGGAAGGUUGCCACAUACCCAGAAGCGGAAUCCGAAAGCAAGAGGCGAAAUCAUGCGUCUGUUGAUUUCAGCAGACCUAGAAGCCGAUCCCGAAUCAGUCAUGAACGAGAUGAGUUGUUGUGAUAAGAGCGAAUUGCUCCUGUUGACAACAUUUUACUUGGACAAGAGCCCCGAGGUAUUCUUCCAUCGGCGCGUUCUACCGGAAGUCCUAUUGCGACCCGACUGGGAUGAUUCAUUCUCCGGGGUAAUCAAGUCUAUCCUCGAACGGGCAUCCCCAGACAUCAUCGGCCAUCAAGAUCUUUGGGAUGCAAUAUUAUCAGAGUCACUGUCUAGUGCAGUGCUACGAAGCAACACGUCGGCAGUCAGUAUUCUGCUCGCUGAGGGUGCAAAACUCGAUGUUAAAGUCUUGAUCAGUGCUGUCCGGGGUAAUGAUCUAGAGAUCCUGAACAAAUGUCUGGAUCAAGGUCUGGACCCCAACGCCCAGGCACCAAAGCCAAUAGAUGGAGAUGCCUCUGAUGGUGAUUGUACUGGGCUGAGCGAGUCAAUCAAAAAUAGCUCUGGGGAAGCUUUUGAUCUAUUCAAGACACGGGGAUACUUCCAGAACCUAGCUCGUCAACCUGCCGGUUUUGCCGCUGCGUUCGUCGCAGCUUGUGAAGUUGGUGAUGAUGUUCUUGUUGAGCAGAUUUUAUCACUUCAAAAGCUCCAACGGAGGCAAGCAGGAAUCGGAAGGGCUCUUGAAGCUGCUAUUGAAAGAGGAAACAACCGCGUUCUUAAGCGACUGCUGUCUGUAGGCAUCAGCCCGACUGUCCGAUGUCUUGAACUGGCGGUUCGGAACAAGCAGCUGGACACCGUCAAACUUCUGGCCGAAUGCAUCGAUCUACCUGCCACGUUACAGGCAGAUGCAUGGUAUUACGACCAUUUUAUGCCAGCUGCAGAUGAGCAACACUAUGGUAAUGCCAUAAUAUUUGAGGCCCUACGAUGGGGUAACCAAGCAGCCAUCGGGUACGUGCUUCGAAUGGAACACCCUGUCAACGUGCUUGUCAAUGUAGCACAUUGUGAAUCCCACGACUGGGAUUUGGGCCCAGAGUUACAGCCACCUGGAACUGCACCGGCAGAUUGGAAUCUGACACCUUUGAGCGCCGCGAUCCUGAAGGCGAAUCCCACAGCGAUCAAAGCUUUGAUGGCUCACGGUGCGCAAGUUGUGUUGCCCCAUAUGUUCAAUUCGCGGUUCACAGCCCAUCAAUUCAACGCUCACCAACCGAGAACCACGCCGUGUCAGACGGAUAGGGAGGGGUGGUCUCUGACACCGCUUGCUGCUGCAGUGGUCAGAAAGGACCUUUCCCUAAUCAAAGAAUACUUGCGCAUAGGAGCGGAUCCCUUUGACAAUAGCGCACUCUUCGUAUGUGCUAUACUCCGCCUGAAAGACGUUAUGGAGUUAUUACUCUCAGCCUUCAGAACUCGCUAUCCGGAUGGCGCACAGUCUUUCGGAUCCGACGCAUUAUACCAAGCGAUGAGACGCGCGGACAAGAAGUUUAUCCGGCUUCUUUGCGUAGCUGCCGAUAUGACUGGGCGUGUCGCGAAUGAUCGUAGACCUGAUCGGUAUACUUGUUCAGUUCCCCAGUCCCGUACUGAGUUUACGAGUCCACUUGGCGAAGCAAUACGCAUGUCCUCUGCACGACAAGAUGGACACGAUGUAUUACUUGAGCUCUUCCUGCCUCUAGCGCGUGACUUGAACAGUGUUAUCCACAGAGAUCACAGCCGCGGUAACAUGACGGCUCUACUCUACGCAAUCUCUCUGGGAUCGCUAAGAACAGUCCAGCGUCUGCAUAAAGCGGGCGCUAACAUUUCGCUACCCACGUCAUGGAGCAUCCCUCAAACACCAUUGCAGGCAGCAGCACAAGUCGAGAGCAUAGAGAUUGUGAAGUAUCUACUGAUGCGCGGUGCGGAUCCAAACGAGCCUGCAGCAACUCGUGCGGGUGCGACAGCACUCCAGUCAGCUGCAAUGACAGGAAACAUUGGGAUCGCAACGGUUCUGCUUGAGAAAGGCGCCGAUAUCAACGCUGAGCCAGCUUUGUUCGAUGGCAAAACCGCAUUCGAAGGCGCUACGGAACAAGGAAGAAUUGAAAUGAUGCUGUUCCUGGUGCAUUGUGGUGCAGAUCUUCUUGCAAACAACAACGCGCAGUACCAACGUGCGGUUCAAUUCGCUGAAGACAAUUUGCAGUAUGCUGCGAAGGAGUUAGCGCACGACCUGUUCAGCAAAGCGAAAGCGACGCAAGACCUGCUCAAUGAAGUGACGGCAAACCGCGAAACAAACUCCAUCGAUAUGGAUCUAAGCGGGUGGGCAGGAGACACUUUCGAGGACUUCUUCGCCUGA